AUGGAAUCGCCAGCUGGCCCCUCUGGGGAACCUUCAGCUCCUCUACCAAGCCCUCCUCCUUCAAACAGUAGCGAUGAGCCACAAAAUCUCACCCAUGAUAAUGAUGAUGAUGAUGAUGAUGAUGAUGAUGAUUUAUUGGCGCUUGUCAAGGCAAUCUUAGGUAGCGAUGUUAACUUGGAUGUAUCUUCAAAACUACUCCAAGCUAUUUCCGAAGCUCGGGAAGGUAAACGAGACGAAGAUAUAGCCGAAUUGGUCGAAGAACUUCUACUCGCUCAAGAGUCGAGCCCUUCCGCCAGUACAGAAGCUAAAUCCAGUGGCAAAGGCGUUGCAGGAGUAGGAACUAAUACCUAUGGCGAGUCGACCUUCAGCAUUCCGUCGAACUUAUAUGACUACAUUGGAACUUCGGAACCAACAUCCCAAAGAAACCCGAGUUUUAAAUUUAUAAAACGUAACCUCGAGGAAUUUCCUUUCCCACCCGCGUCCGCAAGUCUUUAUCUUAAUAAGCGUGAACUGUUAAACGGCCUUUCCAGGGCACAGUUUGCCACACGAAUUCAUCCGAACCAUAUCUUUGGGUUCAAUGAUAAGGGUCAGCUCUACGAUCACGGGGUUAGGGAUCGGGCGUGUUGGAAUAAAACCCAUCCUGAAUCCGGACUCAACCUCGACGCAGGAGUUCUUUCUUUUUUUACGGAUUUUGAGCUUGAAACAGUCUUACAGGUAUCAAUAAGUCGACACCUAACACUAUUCAUAGAAAUAGUUGGUCAUCAUCCCACCGAGAGUUAUCGGUUCUAUAUGAUAUCAUUUCUGGAGUUCCUCACUGAGAACUCACUCAAAUCGAUAUUCGCCGGACAUGGCUUCAACUUUGAAUUUCUCCAAUCACUCAUACCUCACACCGUCCUUAAGGGUUCUACUGCGGGAUAUCGGUCCUUAAGCGACGGGAGUGGCACUCCAAUGAGUUAUGAUAUCUACUUCUUACUUCCUUUGAAACAAGUGAGCAGUGGUAUAGAAUUCUUGGUACCUGCCCUUGGGAGAUCUAAUUUGCCACGAAUUGAUCCACGCUCGGCUUUGGAUAUAUAUCCAGAAAUAGAGAGAAACCCCGGCUCGAAAGUCGCUUUGAUCGACAUCACUAAUCUCGCAAUUACAUUAAAAUAUGAUGUUGCGACGAGAAAAACGAGUGUCCUCCUACAAACGCCGAUGCCCGAAUUCGUGUUCCCGUUACUACAAGGAGCUUUUGAAAACUCCCAGCUAGAAAAAGAGGAAGAUCAAAGAGACCCUUUUUUCAUCCUCGUCUUGGUUUUGAGAAAUUGGUUCGAAGUAUGGAAGACAACCAAAAUCAUAGUUCAAGGCAUUACGGAAUGGCUAGAUGUCAAAGUUCAGGACUUCGUUACGUCCAAAGGGAAUGAGGUUUUGUAUAACGAUAUUAAUAGUAAAUUGCAUUACACCCAUCAUCACCUUUCUCAAAUAAAUGUCGAAAUCGCGGAAUCGAAUUCGAUCUUUCAGAUGGUCCACGAACAACAUACAAAUUUCCUAAAAUUUACCGGACUAAAAUCUGAAAUGUCAAUCGGGAUUAAAGAACAGCUGGCGCGCCUCGAACUAGAUCUCAAAAUUCUUGAAUUCGAUUUGCGGCUAGAGCUAGACAAAAUAAAAACGUCCUCCACGUGGCUAUCUACCUCAAUCUCACUGAAGCACGCUGAGGCCAUGAGGAUUGCCAACGAAGAGUCACGAAAGGCCUCUCUCGCUUUAAAAGAGAACACAGAAGCCAUGAAAGUGAUCGCAGAGCUUAAUCAACAAGAUACUCUGGCCAUGAAAGAAAACACAGAUGUUAUGAAAAAUAACGGUACUCUGCUGCGGGAGCUGGCACAAGCGACUCUAAAAAGUAAUGAAAAAGUACAGCAAAAUGGUGAUGCAAUGAGGCAAAUUGCAGUAGAAAGUCAAAAAAUCACCGAAGCAAAUAGCAAGGAAACAGAAAUAAUGACUCAAAUUGCGGUGAGCACGCAGAAAGACGGACAAUCUAUGAAAGUUCUUGCGUUUCUCACCAUGAUGUAUCUCCCCGGUGCAUUAGUUUCGAGCGUAUUCGGUUGGAGUAUCAUCUCGUUCGAAGUCGGAGACGACGGGAUUCAACAUCUUGUCAUGGCAAAGCAAUGGUGGCUCUUCGCCGUAUCGACACUGGGGCUUACUGUUCUUACCAUGGCUGGGUGUUUCAUUUGGAUCUGGAUGUCUCGAAAGAAUUUGACUAUCGAUAAAGCGAAGAUUGAACGCGCGGCUGAGGAUGAAAAUACAGCCCGGCAAAAUACCCCUUAG